GCGCAAGGAGGGAGUCAUAGGUUAACAGAAAAAAGAUGGUUAGUCCAAAACACCACCGAGCCUGAUAAAUGCCCAAUAAGGCUUUUUAAAAUGUUGAAAGAAAAAAGAGGAAAACAUAUUACGGUCGAUCGUCUUUUCUUAACUGUAAAUCCAUCAUGGAUGAAAGAAACAUCAAAAGGUUUUUUUAAAAAUUGUCCAGUAGGACGAAAUGAAAUUUCAAAGUGGACAAGAGAUGCAGCGGAAGCUAUAGGAAUUGACACGAAAAGAAUAAAAGUGACAAAUCACUCGAACCGUGCUGCGGCAGUUACUCAGCUUGCCAAGGUUGGGGUUUCAGAAAAUCAAAUUAUGAAGGUUACCGGACACUCAAAUCAGGCCUCGAUAAAGAGUUACCUCCAAGUAAAUAGUGAACACCACGAGGAAAUUGUACAAAAAAUGCGAAAUGACAGUAGCGAAGUAACAAUAAGAAGUGGUGGAAGCAGCAUAGAAACACCAUCGUCGGCCUCCAGUAAAGUUGUAUAUUCUAAUUGCAUUUUCAAUAAUUGUUCCUUUUCUUAAAAUAUAAAAUUAAAACCAAAUGAUGUUUAUUAAUCCUAGACGAAAAUUUGGCACUAGUGCAAAUUAUCGAUAAUUUGCACUAGUGCAGUAUUAUCGCUGAAAUUUGAUCGUUGCUAGGUAAACAUAAAAUAUUACAGCUUUUUGGUUGGCUUAAAUUUUUCGAAGG